AAACGGCCACAUUGCGCUGAAAACAGGGAACUUUUUGUAACGCUGCAAGAAACUGGCGCGAAAUUGCCAGUGUAAAUAAAUAAAUAUAUUCAAAAGCAGCAGCGUUUGAACUAGACCAAGUUGCAAGAUUGCAAAGUUGCCACGAGUUGCGUGCAGCGGACAGACAGCUUCAUCGUCAUCGUCACCGGGUCAAAUAGCGCAACUGGAAUUUAAUGUCGUCAGUCGCAUUGCUGUGCCGCCGCAGUAAUUGUUUGUCAAACGCGCUCAAUUCAUGCCGCAAACUAUCCGUUCCUCCAACAACAACAGCCAAACCAACAACAGCAAGGCAAAUUACUACAUUUGUAGCCUGGUCGCAGCGGCAUUAUACUCGCAGCUUUUUGGGCUAUAAGAACAUGGACUCGCCGCCGGAUGUCUUUCGUGGUGUGGUGGAUCGCUUCCAAGGCGUCACAGUGGACUGCAAGGCUCAGGCUGUGCAGAUUGCUGACAAAACACAAUUCCAGCAAAUGUUACAGAAAUCUUUGGAUUUUUGGCGAGCGAACAAUAAUCGUGCGAUAUGGUUUCGCGUGUACAGGGAUCAGUCCGAAUGGGUGCCCAUAUUGACGGAGGCGGGCUUCGACUUCCAUCAUGCCAGAGUGGGCGUUGUCACCAUGUAUCUGUGGCUACCCAGACACGAGGAGAGCAACUUGCCUAGCUAUGCGCACACGCUGCUGGGCGUUGGCGGUCUGGUCAUCAACGAUCAGAACGAGGUGUUGGUUGUCUCCGACAAGUAUGCGAUAGCGAAGAACAUUUGCAAGCUGCCCGGCGGCUAUGUGGAGCCGGGCGAGAAUUUCAUCGAUUCGGCGGUGCGCGAGGUGUUCGAGGAGACGGGCAUACGGACCGAGUUUCGGUCGAUGGUCUGUUUGCGGCAUUCGCAUGGCGGCAAUUUCGGUUGCUCCGACAUCUACAUAGUCAUUGGCCUGAAGCCCCUGAAUCUGGACAUCAAGCGGUGCGAGCGGGAAAUCGAGUCCGCUAGUUGGAUGCCACUGGCGGAGUAUUUGGAAAAUCCGUUGGUGCUCGAGGGGAGUCGCAGUUUUGUGCGCACAUAUCUGGACUAUCAGAAGCGUGGCUUGGACUUCACCUGCCACAACCUUGUGCACCAGGUGCUCAAAAAGGAGUAUCAGUUAUAUUACGUUGAUCCCCAGAAGGAUGAGAAGCAACAGGUGCCAAAAUUGUAGUGCAAUUGCUUAGUUUUAAUUUGUACAAAAAUUUGUAGCUCAAAUUCAGUCAAUAUCGAUAAGAAUGUCAUUUAUCGAUAAUAUUGUUUUUAUCCCUAACUUAAUUUUGUCUUCCAUUAAUUUGUAGUUGCUUGUUGGCAAAGUAAUUGGCUAGGAACCACACCAAAAUCGACAUUUAUCGAAAAAGACAUUUUUUAUACUAUUUCUAUUGCUGGUCGCUGAAUAGAACAAAUAAAUGUUUAGUGAUAAAUGUAA